AUGGCGUGGUGGCCGGGUAGUGUGCCUCUUCACGUGGAAGGCAUGUCCAGGACUUCGCAGUGCCGGCCGGUACAUGGUGGGUAUCCUCAGCCGGCGCACUGGUCUGCUUGGCCUUGGUCUACAGAGUUUUCAGCUGCUGAGAGUGCAAGCUGUAAGCUCGAGCUGAUGCAGGAGGAGGUCUUGGGACCUACCAAGCGAGCCUGGCUGGAUGCCUGCGAAGAAGUUGUCGCUACCGCCAAACGUGUCUGCAUCAAGCAG